GCAGCGUCGUUUAUAUUUAUUUUAUAAUAUAUGUAUUACAGAUGACGCUGUAGCAAUGCGAUAUGCGCCGACGAUACCAACAGGCAGUGAUACAGUAGCGCAAAUACACCGUCUUAGUACAAGCGGGAAAAUAUCAAAACGCACAACCGCCGCUGAAACGGAAAGCCAUCAAUUCGCAGCAGCAGAUGACGCUGUAGCAAGACGCUAUGCUCCUUUGAUACCAACAGUCAGUGAUACAUGCGCGCAGAUACACAGGCCUAGUACAAGCGGGAAAAUAUCAAAACGCACAACCGCCGCUGAAGCGGAGAACCAUCAAUUCGUAACGCCGGCAAUUGUACAUAAGGGCGUUGCUAGGUCAUCAGUUAUGGCUGUGCAUAACGGCUGUAUCGUCCCGAACAAACGAAAGCCAGCUCGACCAAGAACGAAUGAGAGAAGUCAUAAUUCAACAUUUACAGAUCUGAAAAGAAAAUUGUCAUAUUCCGAAAAUGAUAAGCCGCAACGGAGAAGGAUCGCGUUACAAACUGUAUCAUGCGUAAGUAAUGAUGUUGCUGUAACAUCAAAACACACAGCGUUUAACACUGCAGACCGGGAUGUCGCUGGUAAUACAAAGACUGUAAAGGUUAAGAGGGCAUCGCGUCUCUCAAGAAGUAAUGUUAAGCAAUUGUCGCAAUCCGCUGUAAUCACAAUUCCAGAUACACAGGUUUGUUCUGAAACAGAAACAAGGCACAUAGCAGGCAUUGGUUUGUUAUCAAAUACUGACUCAAGAAGUAAUGUUAAGCAAAUGUCGCAAGCCGAUGUCAUUACUAUUACCGAUACACAGGAUUGCUCUGAAACAGAAACAAGACACAUAGCUGGUAAUCCUGUGAUAUCAGAUAUUGAUGACAUAAAUGGGCAAGAGCUUAUUACAAACUGUGUAGAGUCAACGACACAAGAUCCGCAGAAUAGUUCUGAUGAAGUAUUAUCAGCCGUUGCAGGAAUACCUGGUGAUACUACAACGGUUGAUUGUGUAACAUCAAUUCCCAAUAUUUUUACAACGACAGCCCUGGUACACGCAUCGGCUGAUGCUUGUGUACCGGUGCGAGGGCUAGCGCCCGACAUAGUUGAUGAAUGUCAAAAUUCAGAACAAUUAGGCCAAGACGCUGAAAUACAAUUUUACGCGUUGUUGGGUAAGAUACGGGAAGAUGUUGAGAACAUGGGCGUAAAAGCCGGAUACUUGUUAAAACACAUUAAAGGUGUGUGCCACGGUAGUAAAUGUAAACAAGACAUUGUUAAAGAAGUUGUUGAGACGUAUAUGAAUGUCAUGUCAAAAUACAUAGAUCGGUCGGUUAAGACAACUGAAUUUAUUAAAGCCAACAUACAUCAUUUUGCAGAAAUAAAUGAAACUGAUCCGUGACUAGGCAUGCUAGGCAAUGGUUUGAAACGUGUUUUAAAUUUAAAUGCCUGUAAAAAAAAAAAAAAACCACGAAUUAAACCUUGUUUAACAUACAGGAUCUCACAGUUAUUCCGACGCGCAAAGGUGAAACAGGCUGUAACAACAUUAACCAGAUUGAGAAAGCGCAAGCGGCACAGGGAACAUGUGGUAGGCGGGACGCAGAGUGCAAUGUAUGUAGAUAUAGAUCAAUCGCCACCCCAAGCAUUACCGAAUGACGAAUCACAGGCUGACAAUAUUGAGCGCAAUGCAAGCCCCAUAUAUGAUGAUGCAGACAGUGUUGAGUCACCCGGUAAUGACGAAGGUCGGCAACAUGUAUACUUAGAGGCAAUUAACAGUUAUGAACGACAACGACCGCAUUUCAGAGCCGUUGAGUACCACAGGCACUAUCGGUUUGUUAAUUUGGACAGGGUUACAUCAUUUGUAGAGGGGGUUCGAGCCAUUCAUACGGCUAUACAGGCCAUGCUCGAUGGUGUCCUUGCGGGCGUGGAUCCGGCCGACCGCGUUCAGCUUAGAUUGGAGGGGGGUGGGUUACACAAUGCCAUCUAUUCGCAUCGUAAGCCGCAAGAAACAUUAGACGCGGCCAGUUUUUUGAAUCAGAUUACAAACACGCUUCAAAGUAACGCUGAAUUCUUAUUAUCCACAGGCUUAAGAUUUGUGAUCAGUAUUUUUAGAAACAGAUCAGGGUCUGGCUUGACUGGGCGUAGUUUACAACGCCUGCCCCAAAGUUUAAUAAUAAAUAAAAGAAAGAGAUAUCUCUAUGACUUCAGACGCAUAGGUAAUAACCUGUGUUUGGCCGCUAGCGUCUGUAAACUUCUGGAUAAAGGUAACAAUGCCGAUGAUCAUGUAAUACAGGAGAGAGCGAUCCAACUACAUAAAGCUUUGAAUCUGCCGCUUGAUAAAGCGGUCAGCUUUAGCGAUGUUGCAAUUUUUGAAAAUUAUUUAAAUGUCUCAAUCAAUCUCCUCUAUUAUAGUCAAAAUGAUUGGAAAUACUACAGUACGGACAGUCGUUACAAAGACACGCUGUUUGUGCUAUAUCACGAUUGUCACUUUUAUGGGAUACUCGAUAUCAAAGCGUUUCUUGGAGCCCGAUAUUAUUGCAUCCGUUGUCAUAGCGCUUACCAUCAUAAAAAUAAUCACGAUUGUCUUUUCUUUUGUAAGGCUUGUCACAGGCCGGAUUGUAUUGACGAUGGUGUGACGGCUUUAAGGUGUUCGUUGUGUAGGGUAUUUUGUCGAUCAAACGAGUGUUUAGAGCUACACAAAGCUUUAGCUCUUGAUCACAAAAUAUCCUGUCUUGAACAUGUAUAUUGUGACAAGUGUUGUCUCUACAGGCGAACAGAUCAUAACUGCCGAGGCCUAAAGUGUCCCAUUUGUAAGGUGUUCGUUGAUGGUUUUUCGAACCAUUUGUGCUAUAUACAAACCAUCAAGCCGGAAGAGCCCACAAAGAAAUACAUCUUUUAUGAUUUUGAGUGUAUGCAGGAGACAGGUGUGCACAUACCAAACUACUGUUACGCUUUAACAUUAAUGGGGGAGAAAGACUGGGAGUUUAAGGGUGUUGCAUGUAUCGAAGACUUUGUAAAGACAUUCAUGAAACCAAAAUUUGAGCAUUACACAUUCAUAGCCCAUAAUGCAGGUCGCUAUGAUGCAUAUUUUGUGCUGCGCCAGCUGAUUAAGGAGAAAUUAAAGAUUGAAUUAUUAUCUAGAGGCGGCAACAUAAUGUGCAUCACGGUAAAAGAUUUGAAGAUAAGAUUUAUCGACUCUUUAAAUUUUUUACCCAUGCGGCUUAGCAAGUUACCAAAGGCGAUGGGGUUUGACGGUACCAAAGGUUAUUUCCCACAUUUUUUUAACACAGCUGAUAACCAAAAUUACAUAGGAACUAUGCCGUCAAUAGAGUAUUUUGGUCCACAAUACAUGAUGCCUGAUGAAUUAUCUGAGUUUACAGCUUGGUAUAAACAGUGUGUACACAAACCGUUUAACUUUCAAAAAGAGCUCGUGCGAUAUUGUAAAGACGAUGUGAAAAUAUUACAAAAAGCUUGUGAUGCUUUCAGAUCUGCUGUUAUAUCCAUGACAGAACAGGAGUUUCUAAUAACAAAGAAAAAAAAAAAGGUUGUGGUUAAACGUCACAUCGAGGCUUUUCAAUUAGUUACGUUGGCGAGCGUAUGCAUGGCCAUGUACCGGUGUAAAUUUUUACAGGAAAAGACACUGGCGCUUGUACCGGGUGAUAACUAUCACAAGACGCAGAAGCGUUACUCAACGCCCGCCAUACAGUGGUUAAUGUACAUAGAACACAAA